AUGGAACUCACUUCGAACGCUAUCGAUGCCAACGAAGUUGCAUUUAAGAAACGGAAAAAAAAUAUGAGCAUAAAAAAGGCUAAGGCAAACUCAACCUAUAUGAACUCAAACGAAACAAGCGACAUGCCAGUGGAGGCCCCCACGUCUUCUCCAAACGGGAAGGACGCAGAUGAGAAAGAUAUCACAGCCAAAAGUAAAGUAAAAAAAGAUAGACUAAGAAAAGUGGACCAGCUGCAAAAUGCGGAAGGCAAGACACAAAAUGGCGUUUCAAACAAAGGCGAUGGAGAAACUAAUGGGGAGUCCAAGAAUGAACAAAACAGAAAGAAAAAGGUGACAGAAAAGAAAAAAAAAGACCAAAAGGAAAGUUUCAAUGCGAGGGGACAACGGGAUGAAGGCAAAAUUGCCGAAACGGCUGCAGAAAAAAGAGCAAAAUUGAAGGAAGCACGAAAAAUCAAAAACGAUUUGAAAGAAAAAAAAAACAACCCAAUAAAUGUCAACAUCGACACGUUGCAAGAACAAAUUGACAGCAUUAACAAACAGCCAACAAAAGACACCAAGCAAAUCAUCUUAGAUCUAAAAAGUACACUAAAUAUCGUGGAUAGUUCGAACGAAAUUAAAAAAAUUGAUGGGCUAAAUACAGAUGAAAUAAAAACCCUAGAAGCAUGGUAUUAUGCCAACAAGUUAAAAAUCAUCCCCUGCUUGUUUGAAGACAAACCGCUGAAUGCCAACUUACUAAAUGCGCUAUACUACAUCGAACCGGCAUUUAGAAAUAAAAAGGGGAAAAUAAUCAUCUACCUAAAAUUUGUCAAGGACAAAUAUGAAAAAUCAUUGAAGAGGGGCAGCCAGGGAAAGGUGCACGACAGUGAUGAGGACAACAACAACAAGGACUCAUACAAGGACGAAGGAAAAGACAGACAAGAACAGUGCAAAGGUAAAAUUAUGAACAUACUAAACAACGAUUUGCAAAAUUUAAAGCAGAAGGAAUACAUGAAAAAGAUACUUGAACUUGUCAAGAACGAAAGAAGUUUUAUCAAUUUGAAGCAUUAUUUCGAUUUUCUCGCAGACGCUUCCAUUGACAUGCUUGACGUGCUCCUAGAGGAAGAUGGACUAGUGUGCAUAAAACAGAUUUUGCAGAAUAUAGCCAAAAGGAAGCGCAUGAAAAAAUGCUCCACUUUGCUAAUUCAUAUUCUAAAGCUUUUAAAAAAAUUAAGCAUCACUCUGGAUCAUUUAAAGACCACCUUGAUUGGAGUCCCCAUCAAUUUUAUCGCUAGAAAUAAGGUCGAUGAGAAGAAUGACUUCAACUAUACCACUGACAACGAGCAGGUUCGGAACAUGGCCAAGGAGAUAAUCAACGAGUGGAAGCUUAUACGGGACAGAGCCUUAACUGCCGUGAGCACCGACGGGGGGGGCAAUCCCGCAGGGGAAGCAAACAGGGAAGGCAAAAUGGAAAAAGCCGAAGAAAACAUAGCGGAAAUGACAGUAGAGAACAAUGCGGAAGACACAGUAGAAAGCAAACUGGAAAAUUCGCUAGAAAAUUCGCCAGAAAACAAGCUGGACAGUGCAACACCCCCUCGGGCCAAUGAGGACAGCCGAGCGGGCCUCCCAAGUAAAAGCAGAACCAUGGACGCGCUCCCUAGAGAGAGCUCAAAGGAGAGCGAGAUCAAAAAGGCGAAAUCGAUGAACCUUAGGAAGCACGAAAAGACAGACCAAGAAGGACCCAAGGGAAGUCCAAAUUUUGUUCAUCUGGAGCCAAAAGGUGUAAUCCCCCUUUCCAGAAGUAAUGAUAAAAAAAAAGCAGACAGGUCCAAUGAAAACAAAAAUAUUAUGCUAGAAAUAAUAGACACGCUGAAUGAAGAGCAUGAGAAGAAAAAACAAAGACAUCAAGAAUAUAAAAAAGCAAAAAUCGAAGGAAAAAUCAAAAAGUUUAGUGCUUUGAAAAAUACGUCUGAAAAUGCAAAGAGUGAAAAUAUCCUCACCGACAUAGCGAAUAUUCCUAAACCCAAUUUGGAUAGUUCCUUAAGUAAAAGACUUCUAUUAGGAGAUUUUCCUCCACCCCGCCCAGUUCCCCAGCAUCAUCACAUGAGCAAAAAUUUCCCACAAAAUAGUAGCAGUGUUAUGAAUAACUAUAUGCAAAACUUGAACUAUACAAUGAACAAAAGUGCGAAGAUGAUGAGUGUAUCUCCUUCAUCACAUGAUAGGUUAAACAGAGGAAAGGAAAACUACCCUUGGGAGCUCCCAAAAAACCAAAAUGGGAAUGCAUACCUACAGCAAGAAGAGCCCUACAAUAGUAGCAACAUGGUUAAUAGAAAUCCAAGCUUACUGAACGUGACUACCCACCCAACGGAAAACAAAUUUGCAUACUUGAACAAGUACAAGGGUACCCACGAUGGUACGAACAUUGCGAACCAACAGUCUGCAGAGAAUGAAAGCUUGUUUGCUUAUCCCCCGGCCAACAUCAUGAACACAAAUAUGAGUUUUUUAAAAAAUAAACGUGGCUUUCCACCCGCUAGAUAUGGCGCCAACCCUAGUCAUGCAAAUGAUGAGAAGUAUAGGGAACCAUCCACCUACAAAACGCAUCAUAAAGAAGUGCAAUCAUCAGAUGGUAAUAUAAACUUUAACUCUAACUUUAACCACGUGGAAGAUGAUCAGUUUGGUAAUUUAUCACAGAAAAGGAGAAGAAAUUCUUCCCCUAGGAAUAGCCCAGAUGGAAUUUCCAACAACUAUCGGGGGUCGAAAGGGGGAGAACAUCACCCAGAUGAUCACCUCAUGCAUGAUCACCCUUAUACAGGAAAAAACAGUGGUCAUAAAACGGUCCAGUUCUCUGAUGAAAAUCCAACCGUGUAUUCCUACGAUGUACCCACAUUGGAUCGAAGCAAAGGAAAAGAAAUUAAAAACAAAAUGAGUCAUGUCCACUCGGAGGUUAAAGACCCAUUUGAAUUAUAUUCUGGAGUUACUUCUCACGGAGGAGAUCUGAACCAAGGAAAAAUGGAAAGAUAUGACAAAUCAGAAGAAGGAAGAGACGGUAAGAUUUUCCAUAAUAAUGAUACGAUGUGGAUCAAAAAUAGGGAUGACAUUACUACCAACUACGUGGGUAGUCAAAAAGAAGAGGAAGAGGACACCCUUUUUGGUUCCUUAACAAACUUAUCAUUCAUGAAUUUAUUAACCUUUAAAAAUGUAUCCCAAGAUGGGAACAAACCCGCGGAAUGUACGGAGUGUGCGGGAGGAAACAUAUUACCAUUCCUCCAUGACACCUCGUCAAAUGAUAACCAAAAUAACGCCCUAAUUUUACUUAACUCUUUUUUACUGGAAUGUGCAGGGAAAAAAAUGGAGGAAAAUAGUCUCACCAGCCAUCGGGAAGUCAACUUUGACGUCUAUCAUCAAGGGAACAAACAUGGUGAUUUCUUCGAUACCACUUCUGGUAGUGGCACACAUAUGAAAGAAACGCUUCACGCUUCACUGAAGGAGAUCUUUAAGAAUUACAAAAGUUUCGAAAAUGUAAAAAUAAAUUACCAAGUUGCCAUAAAAGGGAACCAUUACCCUCGAAAAAUAUUUGAAGACAGCGAAGUGCUCAAAAAUGACAUCAUUAUUAAAUUUCAUUAUGACUGUUCGGAGAAGGUUCCUAUAUAUUUAACCUGUAGAGAUGCCCCAAACAUGGCACCAAGCAAACACGAAGCUAGGGUGGAUAGGAGUAGUACCAACUCGGCAAAUGUCAUCCCUGAAGAACUUAACUUGUUGGCAUUACCAGAGAUAUUUCCCCCGCCAAAUUUAAAUAACCUCAAACUCCCCCCCAUUCCCAUCAUACCUGGGCUUCCCUCAUCGCACAGUAUUAUCCCUCCGGUUAUGCUCCCCUAUAAUUCUGGUCCGUUUAAUGAACUGCCCGGCAGCAUGAACCGUCUUCCUAAGGAACCCACGCAAAAUAACGUGAAUGGCAACCCCACCGACGGUGACAAACUCUACAGAUCGUUCGACGAUUUCUUAAACAUUUUUGACGAAGACAUUCGGAACAUUCUGCUCAAAAAUACUGACCUGGCCAAAUUGCUCAUGAGCAAACCCGAUGUCGUGAAGCACAUGCUGAAAGGACCCGAGUACAUUAACGUAGGUUUUAGUAAGCAGUUUGACACAUGA